UUCUUUAGGGGUUGGAGAAGAUGGGCGUUCUUUUGGGAUAAAAUGAUUAUCACAGUGAGACUGCGGUCACCACUCCCUGUGCUCAUAGAGGAGUUAUGGUCUAGUCUCACGUAAUGAGAGACGCGUUCAGACACUUACAGGAUAAGACAAAAACACAGAGAAGGGGACACAGGACUCGCCUAAUCUCCAAGAGUGGAUUGAAAGACAUUUUUCUUCAAAGUGCUGAGAGGCCAGCAAGUUUGUGAUGUCCUAUGUAGCUGCAGUGUGCGGUAAAGGAAAGGAGGUGAACAAAGUGAAGGAGCAGCUGCUUCAGUCCAAUCCUGUACUUGAGGCUUUUGGAAACGCCAAAACCGUAAGAAAUGACAACUCAUCUCGUUUUGGGAAGUAUAUGGAUAUCGAAUUUGACUUCAAAGGAGACCCUCUUGGUGGAGUCAUCAGAAAUUAUCUUUUGGAAAAAUCCCGUGUAGUAAACCAGCCCAGAGGAGAGAGGAAUUUCCACAUCUUUUACCAACUGCUUUCUGGGGCAUCAGAGGACACACUCUACAAAUUGAAGCUGGACAGAGACUUUAGCAAAUACAACUAUCUUAGCCUGGAUUCUGCAACGGUCAAUGGACUGGAUGAUGCUACAAGUUUCAGAACUGUUAGGGUAAGUUUGCUUCAUAGCUGUGUACUCAGCUGGGUCCUGUCACAGCAUGUGAAGCAUCGACACAGAUCAGUUAUGGCAGUUUUACAUAGGAUGCCUGAACAGAGCGUUUACAUGAGCAAAGUGAAGGGAGAGCCUAUGUGCAAAUUCUCAUUAAGUUAUUUUAUAUACAUUAAUAAGCAAAACCUCUUUAAAAACGUCAUAUGGAAGCUUAUUUUACUGACAAUGUAGAUUAUAUAACUUUGAUUUUAUGCUCUUUGUGAUCCAUGUAUAGUUAAACCUAAAUUUAUUCAGACACCUUCAGCAUUUUUCACAUUAUCACAGUUUAUUCACUAUAGUUUAGAAAAUUCUAAUAAAAUAUGGCAAGAACUCAGAGUUAAACUGUGUCAGAACAAAUUCAUCUUGAUAAUGUCAGAUAUUGUAGCUUUAAUAGAAAGGUAUGUAAUGGAUUAGGUUGAAUAGCUGUCAGCUGUUAAAUUUAAAGGAGGAAGUUCACCCAAAAAUCAACUUUGUGGGAUUUUUUUCCACUCACCCACAUGACGGUGUCUCCGAACUUUCCUGUACCUCAGUGGUAAUAGCAUUGCGUUAACAACACAAGGUUGUGGGUUCGAUCCCAGGGGAUUGCACAUACCUAUGUAUACAUGUAUAGGAUAAUGCAAUGUAAGUCGCUUUGGAUAAAAGCGUCUGCCAAAUGCAUAAAUGCAAAUGUCAAUGAUCCGAGAGAUUUCCAGGCCUCCUCAUUGACAUCAUGGUGUCAGUUUUUGCAAAGGUCCAGAAAAGUACUAAAGACAUUGUUACAUUGGUCCAUCCGCGCAUAGUGGCUCAGUUGAAUUUUUUUGAAGCGACGAGAAUGCUUUGUGCGAAAACAAACCAAAAUACCGACUUUAAUCGAUAUAUUCUCCUCUGUCUUGUCAGUGUAUGGCGCGCGUUCACGAGAGCACUUCUUCGUCUUCUUGGACGAGAGCACUUUGACGCCAACCCAGUCUCACGGCAGUUCGUGAUAUAGUCACGAAAUUUAAUCUAUUGGUUCGUGUUGGUGGACACGAAUUUCCCUCAUUUUUCGUGUCACUCACCACGAAUUUCUAUCUAAUGUAUUUCAAUAGGAAAAGUCUUUCGUGACCUCCACCACGAACAUAACCCGUAACGCGAACUUGCAUUGUUGGUUGCGGUGCUCUUCCAAGCCAAAUCAGGGUCCAAGCAAGGUCAUCGGGAUUUCCCGGUGCUCCCAAUUGCUAGUGAAAAUGAAAUACAGCCUGAAUCAUUAUCCCACGGAACAGAACAGCCCGGAUUUAAAAAAAAUAGCCACUGGCACGCUUUUCUUAUACUUUUCAUACAGAGGACGCGCGUUCAAUGCAAACGCGCAAUCAGUUGCUGUGGGAACAUAAUUCUCAGUCGUUUCUGUGAAGGACCAGACACAUUUGAAACUCAUUGUCAACACAGUUGGCUAUACACACGUCAGGGUCGAACACCUUACAUUGCCAUUAUUUAGAAUAAACUCUUACUACACAAAAUAAAAAUAAAUCAACUAAAAGAUGUUUAAAUUGUUUUUCAAUUAAUCUUUUUAAAUAUUUCCCUUGCCGCGGGGCUCCCUAGAGGGCGGAGCCCCGCCCAAAAGACGGCUCUGGCGGUCAUACAUACAAAUAUACGAGACUGCGUUAAUUAGAGACACACACAUUUAUUACAGUAUGUAAAUGAUAAAAUAUAUAUUCUGCCUUAUUCUCUGAUAAAAAUUGGGGGGGGGUUACAUUUGGCAUUUCUGUCAGUAUUACCCAUGAUCCUCAGCCUCCGGAGCUAGGCCGCAGCCGCGGGUGAAUUCUUCUCAUUGCGCGCUCAAACCACAGUCCAGGUAAGUUACGAGCUAAUUACCAAUGAUCACGUUUUGUUUAAAUGUUGUAAU